AUGGAUAUGUUAUUUCCUACUGUGAAAACUGGAGCAGAUCCUUUAUUAUUUGAUAUAAGAUUGAAGACGACGGAAAAUGAUGUUAUCCUAAUAAAUGGGUCGAUAGAAGAAGCGUCAUCCAUCUUUUUGUCUGGUGUUAUCGUACUAUCUGUUAAAGAGCCGAUCCAAAUUAAAAAAAUUGCUCUUAAAAUGAAUGGUAUCUUGAAAGUUAAUACUCCAAUGACUCACAAUCCAAAUAAGUUCCUAAGAUAUAGCAAAAGAUUAUAUCAACAUUCCUGGGAUGAUUUAAGUAUACGGGAUUAUCUACAGAAUUUAUAUACCAAUCAUACCAGAGGCAGAGGUGCAAGUAUUUCAACGAAAUCUUCUUCAAAUCUUGCCCCUUUAGCAGCUCAACAUAAAUCAUCUGCUUCACUUGUGUCCCUCAAUGGAUCAACUGGACAUCAUACUUUGGUGAGAGGAAAUUAUGAAUUACCAUUCAAUACCAUAUUACCAGGUUCGAUUCAUGAAAGUGUGGAAGGUCUGACAAAUGCAUCUAUGAAAUAUUAUUUGGAAGCAGUUAUUGAACGAAGAUGUGGCAACGAUUUAAUUUGUACAAAGCCAAUCAGAGUUGUCAGAACUUUAAAUUCAGAUGCGCUUGAAUUGACAGAAACAGUUGUAGUCGAAAAUGUGUGGCCAGAUAAAGUGGAAUAUUGUAUUUCAGUGCCAUCUAAGGCUAAUCCAGUUGGAGCACUUAUACCAAUCGAUAUCGUAAUGGUUCCUUUAUUGAAAGGUUUAAAAUCUGGCCCAAUUAAAGUAACUCUAGUGGAGAUUGUACAAACAUGUGGGAAUCCAGGAACAUUAACUAAAAAUGAACAUGUCAUAACAAAAUUGAAAUUAAAAGAUCCGAAGGAAUAUCUUUCUCAGUAUGUGGAAGAUGAAAGCUAUCAUAUGGAAGAUAUUGAAUUUCAAGAUAAAUGGGAAAUACAAACAGCUAUACAGAUCCCACCAAGUUUGGCAAAAUGUACGCAAGAUUGUACUAUAAAAAAGAAUAUUAAAGUUUCUCACAAAUUGAAGUUUGUCAUAUGUUUAAUAAACCCAGAUGGUCAUGUCUCAGAAUUACGUGCAUCUUUACCCGUACAACUUUUCAUAUCUCCAUUCUUAACUGUUGGAGUCAACUCAACCUCACAAACAGAUAUUAUACCGAUCUCUUAUAGUCAUGAUGUAGAGACAAAUAAUCUAGUCAAUGCAGCGAUAUAUAAACAGGACGAUGGGCAGAUUUUUACUAGGUCAGGAUCGCAUUUGGAAUUAUCUGCAUUGGAAAAUUUGCACUUGGCAGAACAGAGUGUCUGUGACUUAAUGGCACCCCCCAAUUAUGGAAGCCAUGUUCGUGAUAAGAUUUUGAGUGAACCAGCCUCUGCCGUUGAUGUGCUAUCUAAUGACCAAGAACCAGCAGCAUCUAGCAAUGCAUCAAUCAUUACAGAUGACUAUCAAGAAAGUUUACCCAGUAUGCGUCGUCCUAGAGCUUUAUCUCAAGUACCAUCCAUUACUAUCGCAGACCUUUCAAUCACUUCUAAUCGUAGAUUGAGUAAUACACAUAACGAUAAUGAUAACAAUAGUUUGGAUAGUAGAGUUACUUCUAAUAGGCCAUCCAUAGGUACAAGAAAUAGAUUUAGGUCCAGUACAUUGCUGUCAAUAGGGAGUAUCAAUGAUCGUGGUUCCAUACUGACGAAUCCAUCUAGGGAGAGCUCGAUGUUAAAUAUGACAAAGCUAACGCCACAGAAGGCCGAUUGGGAAAUGGAAAGUUUAAGUAAAGUUCCCUCAUAUGAAAACGCUAUGCAUUCGGAUAUUAUUGAUGAUGAAUUACCUCCUACCUAUCCUGAAAAUGAAAAAUCAAGACUCUCCUCUUUUAAAGCAAGUAUAAUGAGGUUAAAAAGACCGCAGAUUAUACAUCAAAAAUCCUCCACAUCUCUAUCUUCAAUAGGUAAAGAAGGUAUUGUGGCAAAUGAAUCAAUGCUAAAUGAUAGUAAUAAUGUAUCGAAUUUGUCUCUUGGACUACCAUCUUCAAAUAGUUCCACUCCAUAUCCUGUGACUUCCAGAACAGCAUUAUCGAAUACAAUAGGCCCCUUCGGUAUGGGUAUAAAAUCGAGAUCUGAAUCUAUUCCACUUGAAGACGAAAAUGAUGAGGAAACGCAGUCUGGUAUGUCUUGGAUGAAAUUUAAGAAAUCACAAAGUAAUAAUACUAAUAAAGAUGCUCAAUCUAAAACAUUCGCUAAUAAUAUCAUGGGGUUAAUAACGAGAAAAGAGAAGAAAUAG